UUUGGUCACAUUUCACACCAGAGCUGGAAUUGCAAAGGUAAUUUUAUACAAGUUUUGUAAAAAUUAGUAUCCUCAGUAAGGAAUAAGCAGUUAGGUUCACCACUUCAUCUGUUCAAGAGAUAUCAGACAAACAGUCUAUCCAGCCAUUGGUGAUUAUUGCUAAUAGUGUUAAACAUUUUUGGUUUUGCUGUGGUUAUAAAAUAUGAGACGAGCGUGCUCCUCUGCUCUUCAGUUCCUGAAAGGGAUAUGUGAAUGGUAAUUCUGGGGCAGCAUAGGAUUCUGUUAAUUUUAAGACAUCACAGCUGUUAGGAUCACAGUUUCAGAACUCUCUUGUCAGGACAGUAUGUGCAGAAAAGUCCACAAGUCUCAUCUCUGUUGAUUUGAAAUUAAAAAAUCGUUUGGAUAUUAAUUUAGAUUUUCAGACUAGGAGAACGUGCAAGAUGUUGUCAUUGUUUGAAGUCUUGUGGCCAAGGAUCUGAAUAAAGGCUUCUGAGUUGCAAUCCAGAAGUUGGAGUAAGCAGGUUAAAGCUUUAUAACCUGGAUGCAGACCACUGAACAUAGCUUCAUGCUAUUCAGGUUUGCAAAGUGAAAACUAGCCAAAAAGGAACUGGUACUCCAAGCUACUGUUGUUACAGACAGGCUCUGUGUUCCUUGGCAAGUAGUACAAAAUGUGGGAUUAGGUCUUUAGUAUAAGGUGCUCAGUCCUGGUUCUAUGUUGUAGUGAAUGUGUGGAAAGAAACAGGUACUGCUAGAGGGUAGUUCCUCUUGCCUGAGUCACUACCUGGUGUCUGAGAUAGAUUUAGAGGCAGACUGCACAAGGGGCAGAUUGUCAAAAGUUCUUUAUUCCUGUAUCAGUAUUGGUAAGGCUAGUAGUCUGAGAAGGUGGAAAAUAAAGGAUGUUCACAACAUCUUGCAUCUACAGGAUUGUGGUUCUGCAUUGGUGUCAGUUCACACUUCCAGUAACACAGUCACAUUAUUUCUGAGAUCAUAAUACUGCUUUUUGAAAUAAGGGAGGUAUAGGGCUACUACAAGAGAAAUUAUGGAAAUGCAGCUAAAAUACACGUUACAGAAGGUAAAGUCACAAGCCAUAAAUUUCAUUGUCUUUUUAAGAGGUAAAGAGUAACAGAAGGCAGUGAUCAAACCUUGAUUUUAGGGGAAUUCUGUUUCAUUUCAGUUGUAUGGUUAGUUUACAUAGAAUAGCUUACAUUUUUUUCUAAAUUGUAGUGGAGGGAAUACCAGCAACAAUUAUGUUAAACUAGAAACAAGAAGUUUUUUGCUUUAUUAUCCAGUAGAGAUUAUGUGGAUAGAUUCCCCAUCCCUGGAUGGGGAUGACUGGGUCAGUCUUUGAGCAGCCUGGGUACAGGAAGGUGUCUCAGCCCAUGGCACAGGGGUUGGAACUAGGUGAUUUUUAAGGUGCCUUCCAACCCACAACAAAAGAUCAGAUAGAUAAUCAGAUGCAGCUGCUACUUCUAGAGACUGAUUCACGCUUAGAGUUACUGUAGUGAAAUACAUUUGGUCUUAUCUGUAAUAUUCUUCCUCUUCACACUUUGUUUAAAGAAAUGCAUAUGGCUAUGCCCUCUCACAUAGGACCAUAUGGAAAUUCCAGAUGUUGGUUUAACUGAUGGCAGUGUGACUUGUAAGAUGGUGACUUACAUGCCUAAAAAAUCUACUAGAACAGAUAAACUCCUAUUGUAUUGUAAAGCUUCAUUUUUUCUGGUAACAGACUGUUUUUUCCAGACAGUGAGAUUUUAUCCUGUGACUUAGCAAUAGUGUCUCCCAUCAGGGCUGCCUGCAAGCUUGCUGGAAGGUAGGUCUAGCUUUAGCAUAGGAGUGGCUUUGGGGAUUAUACCCAGUCAUGUCCAGAUACAGGCUGGCCUUUUCUGGUGAGAGGUCAGGACAAGUGUUUGUGUAUGGCUGACAGGGGCUGUUCUCUUGGAGGAGAGCGGAGUCUGCAAACAAACUGUCUCAGAAGAGUACAGAAAUCAAAUGGAUUGUGUUCUGUGCUUUCAGACCAAAGGCUAAGUCUUGAAAACAUGAUUCCUGCAACUGUUCACACUGUCCUGAGUGCUCUAUAUUUAUGCUGCCACAGAAAGAACUGGUUACACUCGGAGGAGAAAAAACACAGGAAAUGCCAAGGACUGAAAUGUGCUUGCAGCUGAAGUAUCCUCAUCAUGAAUAGGUACAAAACUAUCAGACAGCUUGGUGAUGGGACCUACGGCUCUGUUCUCCUAGGGAGAAGCAUUGAAUCUGGAGAGCUAAUAGCCAUUAAAAAAAUGAAGAGAAAGUUUUAUUCCUGGGAGGAGUGCAUGAACCUUCGAGAGGUUAAGUCUUUGAAGAAAUUAAACCAUGCCAAUGUGGUAAAGCUGAAGGAAGUUAUCAGGGAAAAUGAUCAUCUGUAUUUCGUGUUUGAAUACAUGAAGGAAAAUCUUUAUCAGUUAAUGAAAGAGAGAAACAAACUGUUCCCUGAGUCUACAGUUAGGAAUAUUAUGUAUCAGAUCCUGCAAGGGCUUGCAUUUAUUCAUAAGCAUGGGUUCUUUCACAGGGACUUGAAACCUGAAAACCUGCUUUGCAUGGGACCAGAACUUGUGAAAAUUGCAGAUUUUGGCUUAGCCCGAGAAAUCCGAUCUCGACCUCCUUACACUGAUUAUGUAUCCACAAGAUGGUACAGGGCUCCUGAAGUACUUCUGAGAUCUACCUGCUAUAGUUCUCCAAUAGAUAUUUGGGCUGUUGGUUGCAUAAUGGCAGAAGUUUACACGCUGAGGCCUCUCUUCCCAGGCGCCAGUGAAAUUGAUACUAUAUUCAAAAUUUGCCAAGUCUUAGGGACACCAAAAAAGAACGACUGGCCUGAAGGCUACCAGCUUUCAGCUUCCAUGAAUUUUCGCUGGCCUCAGUGUGUACCUAACAACCUGAAAACUCUCAUACCUAAUGCUAGCAGUGAAGCGGUGCAGCUCAUGAGAGACAUGCUGCAGUGGGACCCCAAAAAGCGGCCAACAGCGAGUCAGGCACUUCGAUACUCAUACUUCCAGGUUGGGCAUGCCCUGGGCAUUCAGGAGCUGGGAAAACAAAAGGAACUGCAUAAUAAAUCAUCUCUGGUUAUUAAGCCUGUCCCUCCAGCACAACCCGCUCCAAAACCUCAUGCCCGAAUUUUGUCAAGGCCUUUUCAACAAAGCCAGUCUUCUCAGCGUGUGGUGUAUGCAUGUAAGACAGACAAUUCUGGGACUGAGCACAGUAACUACUUACAGGAGGACAAAUCUAACCAUGUUCUUCUGCCUGCACUUCACAGCAAGGUUCCUCAGCAGAAAACAUCUGCUGGGUCUGAGAAUGUAAACAGUGAACUUAAGCCGAAACCUAGGCGAAGAUGGGGACAUCUUCCCAGGACAGUUAAGAGUUCUGAAGACUGGGAUGACUUGGAAGACCUUGAUUUCAACUCUUCCAUCAUGAGAAUGGACUUGAAAAACAAGAAGAAGCAGAAUGAUGAAACUCUUUGUAGAUUUGAAAGCAUUUUGGACCUAAAGCCUUUGGAUGCUGUAGGCUCUGGCAGCACUGCACGAACUUCCCAUGCGACCUUUUUGCGGCAGGACACUCCGACAUUGCAAGUUUCUGCAGCAAAGCAACACUACUUAAACCAUUCUAGGUAUCGACCUGGAAUAAGCACCAGGAAUAGCAUAGUCUCCACUUCAAACAAAGAGUCUGUUCCAUCUAAUCAGUGGCCCAGUUCUGGCUUGUCUGGGAAAGCUUUUGGUUUGGGAGGAAGUACUACCAACAGGAUGAAUUCAGGGCCCAUAGGAUCAAGCGGUCUAACGAGUGCUUAUGCCCCUUCAUUUGUGAAGAAGGAAGUAGGUUCUGCUGGGCAGAGGGUUCAGUUAGCACCAGUUGUGGAUCCAUCUUCUGAUUUUGCAUCUCUGACAUCAGUCAGACCCCUUCUUGGCUGGCCAUCGUUCAGCUCACCUACCAAAAGCUCGCCAAGGUUAAUGCCUUUCCCGCCGGCAGCGGAGCCGAUCCAUGGGCGCGUUGACUGGUCUGCGAAGUACGGCGCUCACCGGUGACCUGGGAAAUACCCUCUGACCACUGCGUGCUUCCCACGAAAUGGUGGCCAACGUGAGACCAUUUCACACUGGUUUAUAUACCUGUACAUUUAAAAGGAGCAGAUCUUCCAUGAAUGAGACAUUUUGAAGGGUUUUUUUUUUACUUGUUUGCAUUAAUCUGAAUGCAAUCUUGUACUUUUUGUAUAGAAAUGUUUUGUUAUAUACUUGGGUCCAGUUAUUUUCUUGAAAGCGAUACAUUUUGUAUAUAAGGCUUAGGGAAUUUGGCAUUUUUAUACAGCAAAUUUUUAUAAUGAAAUUCUAAAAAAUUUAUCUUUUUUAUCAGAUUAAACUUUUUUAUAGAAAUGGAUAAAAAAACUGUGGUGCAAUAUUGCAGUUAAGGAGAAGUACUGAGGAAGGGGCAUUCAUUAGACAUUUUCUGAAGUUUAUGAGGCUUUGUAAUUUCAAGUGAUGCCAUGUCUCAGUGCCACACUUCUGUUGUCCUGUGCUCAUUGCUUCAUACCGACAUCAGAGGAGUGAGUGACUUAACAGUAUAAACUCUCCUUCGCAGUCACUGAGAAACUGCUGAAAGAUAGUGGGAGGCACCUUUUUCUUUUUAAAUUUAUUUCUGCCUUUAGAAGAUUUUUUGUUGGACUGCUAUUCAAGUUUGCCAAAUCUGAGGACUCUUGUUUGGCAAAGGGUAAAUACUAUUCUAUAGAUCUGUUUUCUGACACAGUAUUCCCUUUUCCUGCUUAAAAGUUUUUCUUUGGCAUUGUUCACUAUGAAAUAGAAUGUGGACCUACCUCUGUUAAGUUAAUGUAAAUGGUCUAAUGAUUUCUAAGGAGAAAAAACAAAUUCUGUUUCUUCUUUUUCUUUUGUUGCAAAUGUAAAAUCUGAAGACGUAUUAAAGACCGUAUGAACAAUUAAUAAAUUAAUAAAACUAAUAAAACUGGUUUCAGAGUAACAAAAUAUGAAUGAUAUGCCAGCAACAUAGUUUAAGGAAACAAGAUCUUUGCAGCUGACUUACUUUUCAGAACUGUUUUAGAUUGUUGCUGUUUUAAAUCACUUAAGGGGAAAAAAACCAAUAAACCAAAACAACCCAGAGGAGAUGAGCCAGUCUAACGUUACUUAUGUUUAUACUCAGUUCUUCUUCACUCAAUACAUCUUCGUUUACAAUGUGAAGAAUGUCAGCUUCCAUGAAUUAGGCCCAGAGGCUCUACAGGAAAAAAUGAGAUCUUAUGUGGUCCUGUUAUGAAAAUGUUGUAAAACAUGUGGUUGAUUUCACUGAAAUUGAUACAGUUCUUUGAAGAGCAGUUUAACUCAGUUUAUGAGAGUAUGAUUUAUGUCAAGUUCUAGAGAAAAUAGCCUCAUAAUCUGGUUUAGUUCUGCUCUGGAAAGGAGUGCCAGAGUCCAGCCAUUAGCACUCAGCACUGCUGUUCCUGCACCUCCUUAUACAGAAGAAAGAUGAAACUGUUCAGUGCUGUGGGAGAACACCUUCCGUAGGUGUGUUGUGGAGCAGUGCUGCCAAAGCUGAACUGUGCUGAGAAAAUGCAUCUCUCUGCAGAAGUGUGCAGAAAUGCUCAUCUUUCUGAGCUCAUUGUCUGAUCAGCUCAGGAAAAUUGUUUAUUUAUGAGACUUAAAUCCAGCCUAAAGGGAUCAGAGCUGGUACAGUUCUUAGUUUCCCACAGGAAGUGAAUGGCUUGUGUGUCAGCAAGAUCCUCUCCAUGGGAUCUGCCAGCACACAUGGAGCAGCUGCUGUGGUCUUGAGACUGAGAACAGAUUCUGACCUUCUCAGUGCUUCCCAUGGGGAACGUGUGGGAUUUUGAGGAAACUGUACCCUAGGGUAGGCUUCUGGCUCAGUGCUACAGGGGGAACCACAGGGAAUACUGAUCACUGUUAUCUUUUAUGGGCUCAGCCCAUAGUGAGACAGUUCAAGACAAACAGGGAGCAAAAGUGUGCAUGUAAGACUUACACUUGCCAAAGACAUCUGUGUCCUGCUGCUCUGUUAUGUGGGCCUAGCAAGUACUGACUCCAUACCUGACUGCUUCCACAGCAGUGAUGCCAGUGCUUACCACUAAAGCAGCCAUUUGAUUUCUAAAGCACACACUGAUGGGUGUCUGUGGGUAAGUGGAAAAGGAAAUAUGUAUAUUUGUGAUAGAACUGGAAAGAUAGUUGUUUCUUUUGGUGGAAAUAAAUACCUGUAUUUAUGUCUGCAUAUCAAUUAAUUUAUUUCAUCACCAAGUAAUUUGUCUCAAGAAUGAACACCCUAAACCGAUCCCAGUAUCCCUAGACCUAAGUAGGAUAUUUAAGUAGUCUGGUCUGUACACACGGUUCCUAUGAUUGGAAGGAGACAAGUCAUGAGAACAGGCAGCUGAUGCCUGGAUUCAUCAUACCUAAGUGUGAGCUCCUUUGUUGUGAGGUGACUCACGCCUGUUGAGUGAGAGUCAUGUCUAAGGAAAUCUGUCUCAAUUGAGAAUAUACUAACGUUCUGGAGAUACCCGAGUCUGUCCACUAAGGACAGAGACAAAUCUGUGAGAUUCAAGUAACACAGGAUGAAUCUGAGCCUGGCCUGUAAUCUCUGAACCUUUAUUAGACUGUCAGUGAUUCUUUUGACUAUAGCAUUCAGGUUUAUUUAGUCCAGUGAAAAGAUUAGAAAAAUAACUUGUACUACUAAUUUUCUUUUUUUUUUUUUUUAUAUGUCUCCUUUCCUAAGUUAAAGCCCUUUAUUUGGAAAAAAAAAAGCUAAUAAUCUUGACAUUCAGAAUCACAGCUAGUUUUAACUUAGUAAGACAGAAAAUUAGCUGUAUGUAAUGGCUGUGUCCUUCACUCAAGCAAAUUCUUACUGAAGCUGGAAAAGUUCUUUUUGAGCAGGAUGGAGCUGAGUUUAUGUAUUUUACCAUGCUGUCUCUGUGCAAUACAGAUAUGGAAAAGAUGGAAGUCUUUAUAUACUGAAGUCUGGCCAAGCAGCAUAUCUGAGAAUUUAUGAUAUGUAACCUACUACUUUGUGCUUUAAUAUUUAGCAGCAUCUUUGUGGAAAAUGUUUCUAGAAUUGUACUGUUUACAUUUUCUCAGGCUUAGGCAUAACAAAUAAUAUAGGAGUCUGACAGUGGAUUCAUUCACCCCUGUAAUCCAGAUUUUCCAGAAAGUGGUGUGUAAGUGCCAUGAUGUUAACAAGAAAAGAAAAAAAGUCAGAAAACCCACUCCCAUGGUGUUCCUGUACCUCAUGUGGCUGUUAAUAUGAGCAGGAUGUUCCAUAAUGUGAGCAGGAAAACAUACUGAAAGAACAUUUUUGAACUUAAUAUGGAAGAAGGGGGUAGAAUUUUCAGAGAUGGGAAGAAAUAAUGGUUCUUGUUUAUUCAGCAUUUUUGUUCAGAAACAUUCUAUAUGCUUGUUUCAUUCCUUCUGUGUCGAAUGUCCUGCCCAGAAUAAAGUUAUCCUUGAAGAAUGA